AUGUUGCAACACCGACAUAACGCUUCAACCUCACAGCUGUCCUCUUCCUCCUCGAUUGGAUCUAUGAUGAACCACAGAGACCUGGAAGCGGAACUGGAUGAAUACCUGUCCGAAUAUAAACUGCAGGCACCUACUGAGCCGAUCAGUCACUAUGCGGAUGGAGAGCUAGAAGCCGAAUGGUUAAACGCCGCAGGGUUUCCCCAGCUUACCAGAGCCUUCGAGGAGGGUCGCGAGCUUUCCACCACAGAGUUGGCACCGGUGAUCGCCAGCCUCUCGGUGGCACAUGCGGAAGCAGUCAAGCAGCGAGUGAAAGCGCUCAACCGAACUGUCCGUGGAAGGACGCGCAAUCGGGGCAGCAAAAAGCCGGACAUUCGGGAUGUCUUCCGAGAUCUGGACUCUUCGAGUACCGGCACCCGAUCCCGCAGCGCAACUCCCGAUUCGCUGGACUCGUUGCCCGGCGACGAAAGCUGGAACAGCAAUGGCACCAACGGUACCCACCAUCAUCACCACAUUCCAAGCUUCGUGUCCGUCUUUGACGGGGGCAACGGGCCAGUGGUACGACCAACGCCAGUUCGCGGCAAGCAGAACCUAAGGCGGACGCCCAGUGCACCAUUGCGCGGUUCGGCGGAACUGUUCCGGGGUACACACGUGCGCUGUGACAUUCCCUUCCAUAAUGAGGGAAUAGAACUGCUCAACUUUCAAAGGUUGGGAACCAUCCACAUACCAAGGAUUCGAUCGGGUUCUGAUCCAUCCUGCACGAUUGGUCCACACGCCGGACAGCACAUUUCUGGUACCCGCAGCCACACUAACCUGUACAAUGGCAACCAGAGUAACGACGACUCCGGUAACUCGUCAUCCGAGCAAAGUCCGCCGAGUUCUCCACCACGCAGCAGUUUGCUCUGCUCAGUCGAGAAUUCUCCCCUGCGGUCUACAUCCUAUGAGCCGAUCAGCUUCGAGAGUAUGGUCAAGCAGACGUCGACCCCCACUGAAGCGUGCCACAAACUAUGGCAGAGUCUCCGCGAGAGCUGCUGCGACAUCGACCAGGUGUCCGAGGGGGAUCUGAAACGACUGCAGCCACUACUGUGGCUGGAGCUGGCCUCCAUUUUUGACAAGAACCACGUCACACUAGACAAGCGAAAACCGUUCAAACGGAAACGCAAGGAGGAAGGUAACGUUUUCGGAGUAUCGCUGAACGCGCUGGUGAGACGAGACCAGCAGAUUACCGGCGAGGAUACCACACUCGUGCCCUUGAUAUUGCAAGCGAUCUUAUCUCAGCUAAGGUUACGCGGUGCUAGAGAGGAAGGCAUUCUGCGAGUGCCAGGCCACAAGCAAAAGACCGAGACACUUUACAACGAGAUCGAGCAAAGUUUCUACUACAAACCGGAAAAAGUAGAGCCGUUGUUCAAAAAGGCCGGCGUUCAUGAUCUGAGCGCACUUCUGAAGCGUUGGCUUCGAGAACUACCUCAACCCUUGCUGGCGAAUGAUCUUGUGCAUUUAUUCUAUCAAACGAAUGUUCUACCUCCACAUGAUCAGUACAGAGCGUUGGCCGUGCUUUGUCAGCUGUUACCACACGAAAAUCGGAACACCCUACGGGAACUACUUAACUUUUUCCGGCUAGUCGUGGACCUGCAGGACUCGAACAAGAUGACGCAACAGAAUGUUGCCACCAUAAUUGCACCCUCGUUCUUUCCGCCAAGAUUCAUACAUCCACCGGACAAGAGCAACAUUGGAGCUCAGGUCCGCAUGGCGGCGCAGUGUUGCCAUCUCACGAACGUACUCAUCACGCUCGCCGACUCUUUGUGGCUGGUGCCGAAUCGUCUAAUCGACCAAAGCAAGAUGAUCAACAAAAACGGACAGCCGAAACGCCAACUGACACGAAAAGCCAAAAAUCUUCCUACAAACAGCAGUGACUUUGUCAUCGAUACCAACCAUAUCCACAGAUUAGUCAUCUAAGCCAGAAUGCUAAAUAAACUAAACGAUAGGUUUUAAGCUCAGACAGACAACGGUUCUACUCCACUUCACUUCCAAACGCAACUAUAUUUAAACCCCAUUUUAAUAGACUGGUAAACUCGUAACACUGGUAACUGUGCAGACUGUACCGAAUUUAAGAUCAGAAAACAAACCAUAAAUUUAAUACUGACUGCUGAGUGAAGCGUGUAUAAUUUCAAAUCUCCGAUGCGUGUAACUCUUCCUGUUGAAUGCUGCAGUUUAUGGCAGUCUAUUACCAUUGCUACUCUAAUUCAAACAAAAAUUAGUUUCAUUUAAUACUUGUGUGUGUAUUGCGUGCGUGUGUAAUAGGGGAAAAGUCUUUUUUUUUUGUUUACCUAUAUAGAAUCACUGCAUCGAAGCGAUUAAUGCACGAAACUGGAAAUGCGCUUCUUGUGUGUUUAUAAUUUACCUAGUAACCUUCGGACCACUAGGGCACGGGGAGGAACGGAACUAAAUAUAGAAUCUAAUCUAAACUUUCCGGCUACAUCUGGUGAGUUCGGCUAUUAUAACAUCUUCCGUCGGAGGUUUAUGCAAUCUGCAGAUCGCGCGGUGCCACUUGGGUGGCACGUGGCAACAUUAGAGAGGGAGCUGUUGUACGUGUACUCUCAUCAUAGGAUAACGAGGAAAACAACACGGUAAUCCGAUGAUGAUGAUAGUCAUGAAAGCAUAUAUAUAUUUAUUUUGGUGAUAUAGUCAAUGAUUGUAUAUACCGGAAAGAAUCGCAAUCAAUUACCCUGUAGAAAUACCACUACUUAUGUGAAAGUGUGCAAGCGAAAUAUUGAAAUAAAGCGAAAUUGUAUAACUAA